UCCAUUGGUGGAGUCAAGUCGAGAUGAUAAGUAUUAUAUAGACUCGAAAAAACCAAAUCUUUAUCAUAUAGAGAAAUAGAUAGAAAUACACAGAGUCAUUGAGUCUUCUAAAUCUAGCUCUGUCACUUCCUAUUUACUACUAUUAUUUAUAUUAACUCUACGCCUGUGUUUUUUUUUUAAUUUUUAGAUCUAAGUUUCGCACUCACAUCAAAUUUUGUUUCAUUUUCACAAAACCAAUAACGCAAAUCGUACUCGUCUCUCAGUACUGCUCUCAUUGACCCACCGUGCCAAAGCAGGUCAUUCAAAAUUCAGCGGCCAAGCUCGGGGGGCGACUUGCCCCAGUUUCGGAGGGUAAAUUCAAACACUCUUACAAUGUUCAUGGAUAACGACGUUGAAGGUGGUAAUCUUGGGCCAUACGCUGACAGGCCAAGGGUUUUCCCCAGCAUGCGUAGUAAAGUUCACACCCCAUUGAUAUUUCGGAUUCUCAUGGGAAUAAAUGUCCGUGUUCUUUUAGUAUUUCUACUUUUAGGACUAGGUGCAAUCUUUUACGUUGGAGCAAAAACUUCUCCAAUCAUUGUUUUUGUCUUCUCCAUAUGUAUUAUGAGCUUCCUUUUCUCAAUAUAUCUUACUAAGUGGGUGCUCGCAAAGGAUGAGGGGCCUCCUGAGAUGGUUCAGAUAUCAGAUGCAAUACGAGAUGGAGCUGAAGGUUUCUUCAGGACCCAGUAUGGGACUAUCUCCAAGAUGGCAUUGUUGCUAGCACUGGUUAUCCUUGGCAUAUAUUUGUUUCGCAGUACAACUCCUCAACAAGAAGCUUCGGGCAUAGGAAGGUCAACAUCUGCAUAUAUCACUGUUGCUGCAUUUCUUUUGGGGGCUAUUUGUUCAGGAAUUGCAGGGUAUGUUGGAAUGUGGGUGUCGGUUCGAGCAAAUGUUCGAGUCUCUAGUGCUGCUAGACGGUCUGCAAGGGAAGCAUUGCAGAUAGCUGUUCGUGCUGGUGGUUUUUCUGCCAUGGUGGUUGUUGGUAUGGCUGUAAUUGGAGUAGCCAUCCUUUAUGCCACAUUUUAUGUUUGGUUGGGGGUGGAUUUGCCAGGUUCAAUGAAGGUUACUGAUUUGCCUCUUCUCCUUGUCGGUUAUGGUUUUGGAGCUUCUUUUGUUGCUCUGUUUGCUCAGUUGGGUGGUGGAAUUUACACAAAAGCAGCUGAUGUUGGGGCUGACCUUGUUGGUAAAGUAGAGCAAGGAAUACCUGAAGAUGAUCCAAGGAACCCUGCUGUGAUUGCAGAUCUGGUUGGAGACAAUGUGGGUGAUUGUGCCGCUCGAGGUGCUGAUCUUUUUGAAAGUAUUGCAGCUGAAAUAAUUAGUGCUAUGAUACUUGGGGGAACAAUGGCCCAGCGUUGUAAAAUUGAAGAUCCAUCUGGCUUCAUCUUGUUUCCUCUUGUUGUUCACUCUUUUGACCUUGUGGUUUCAUCAGUUGGAAUUCUUUCAAUAAGGGGUACACGUGACUCUGGUUCAAAGUCUCCUAUUGAGGAUCCAAUGGCAAUUCUUCAAAAAGGAUAUUCUAUUACGAUAGUGUUAGCUGUUCUGACAUUUGGUUUGUCCACCCGGUGGUUGCUUUAUACUGAACGAGCACCUUCUGCAUGGUUCAACUUUGCCCUGUGUGGGUUGGUUGGUAUCAUUACGGCAUACGCUUUUGUUUGGAUCACCCAGUACUAUACUGACUACAAGCACGAGCCUGUACGCACAUUAGCUCUUGCUAGCUCCACAGGUCAUGGGACUAAUAUAAUUGCUGGAGUCAGUUUGGGCCUGGAAUCUACAGCUCUUCCUGUUCUUGUCAUUAGUGUCGCUAUUAUUUCAGCUUUCUGGCUGGGUCAUACAUCCGGACUAGUGGAUGAAAGUGGAAAUCCAACUGGUGGGCUGUUUGGCACUGCUGUAGCAACAAUGGGAAUGCUCAGUACUGCUGCCUAUGUUCUUACCAUGGAUAUGUUUGGUCCAAUAGCAGAUAAUGCCGGAGGAAUUGUAGAGAUGAGUCAGCAGCCAGAAAGUGUUCGAGAGAUCACUGAUCUUCUUGAUGCGGUAGGGAACACCACAAAAGCUACCACCAAAGGAUUUGCCAUUGGUUCUGCUGCGCUUGCGUCUUUUCUUCUGUUUAGUGCGUAUAUGGAUGAGGUAGCUGCAUUUGCGCAGGAACCUUUUAAACAGGUUGAUAUAGCCAUCCCCGAAGUUUUUGUAGGUGGAUUGUUGGGCUCCAUGCUUAUUUUCCUAUUUAGUGCCUGGGCCUGUGCUGCAGUUGGCCGAACUGCUCAAGAGGUUGUUAAUGAAGUAAGAAGACAAUUUAUUGAGAGGCCUGGUAUAAUGGACUACAAGGAGAAACCAGAUUAUAGUCGCUGUGUUGCUAUUGUAGCAACUGCAUCUUUGAGGGAAAUGAUAAAACCUGGUGCUUUGGCUAUUUUGUCACCUAUAAUUGUUGGUUUACUGUUCCGGAUUUUGGGUUCCUAUACAGGGCAUCCUCUGCUUGGGGCUAAAGUUGUGGCUGCCAUGCUGAUGUUUGGAACAGUUUCGGGAAUUCUUAUGGCUCUUUUCCUGAACACAUCUGGUGGUGCCUGGGAUAACGCAAAGAAGUAUAUAGAGACAGGUGCUCUUGGAGGCAAAGGGAGUGAUUGUCAUAAAGCAGCUAUUACAGGAGAUACUGUGGGAGACCCAUUCAAAGACACAGCUGGACCUUCCCUUCAUGUCCUCAUAAAGAUGCUUGCCACAAUUACGCUUGUCAUGGCUCCAAUCUUUCUGUGAGAAUUGUUUGUACCUAUAAACUCUUGCAGUAUCACCCCUUUUGAGAUCUCAGCGGCAUUCGGCACCCAUUUCCCUUGAAUACUUAGAUACUUUGCACAGUUAGGUAUUUCCAUGUAUAUCAUCAUGGGUGCCUGAUUUAUAGGCAUACUGAUUCUUUCUUGAUCUGAAUAAGAUAUGUUGAAUUACUACUCAUUUCAGUAUCAAAUUAGUUUUUAGUUUUCUUGAAAGCGGUUUGAGACUUUUGUUUUCUUCCUCAAAUUUUAUUUUCCUCUUGGUUGCUUGACUUAAAGGAGUGAUGUGUCAAAAGUCCUGUAUAUACAGAGGGUUGUGGAAGCAAGUAGAGAACUCGUGUCAUAAUUUUAUCUUCAUAUGUAAUACUAUAGUAGGACCUCUCUUGCGGUUGACA